AUGUCUACACCGGCGGUGUACACUUCUCUUGAAAAAGAAGACCGCGCAGACGACAAGAACAAUGGUUUCACUUCUGAUCAACCGGUCACUUCUCACGAUGCCGACCUCAAGGGCUUGUAUAAGCUAGAUACCUGGUUGAGGUCCUAUGUUAUUAUCAUUGGGAUUUAUUUUGUCGGCGCGGUGUUUUGCGUGGCCUGGUCUUAUACUGGCGCCCUGCUUGAUAACGAUGCGAGCAAGAGACGUGUUUUUCGAACAGGAGACAGGGUUCCUGUUGAUCAACUUUACUCCGGUAUAGCCCUCUCAGCUCUCCUCACACCAGCAUCAAUCUUUGUUCAGUUCAUCACAUACGAUUUCCGGAGGUUGCAUCUAUUUUCUCUCACCACUCAGCAGCCAGUUGCCAUCAAAGACCUGGAUGAGAUUGCUGAUAGCAUCACUCUUCUCAGUUUGAGAAGCGUGGUCAAGUACUCUUGGUGGUAUGGCUUGAUGCACGCUGCUUUAAUUAUGACGCGGACCCUAAUUAUACCUGUCGGUACUCUGUCUCUCACUGUCGGCCCGUAUUCAUACUACAAGGACGGCUUUGGCGUCGUGGGACUUCCCAUAUCUGCGGCUGAUGCGGCGGGAACCAACGUCACCGCACUCUCUUCAGCGAUGGGUGGAAGCCCACAUCUCGACUUUCAUCCGUCAUUCUCAAAGAACGAUACCUUCCUCACACAAACAGUCUUCACGUUCGUUGGUAGCCUUGUUUCCCAAAACGCUCUCGCCAAUGUCGAUUCUGGAAUCCUGGGCCCUGUACCAACACACAACCUGACGUUCGCAACCAACACUACCUACGAUGGCUUGGUCUUCUUCAACUGGACUGCGAACUGUGAGGCAGCUACCGAAGUCAACUACACCUCUUACAAAGAAGACGGAAACAGGAUCUACAACUUCACCCUUCCGGACAAAAGUGUUGAGAGCAUUGAACUCCUCUCCCAAGGAUCCCAGCGAAUGCGACUGUGGAGUAACUCUACAAGACAUGGCUCAAACAAGAUUCCGACCUCAGGCACAACCUACUUUCUCUCAGCCACCAAGUCAAUUCCAAACAUCAACGAGACUGCGCUGCGGAACAGAGGCAACGAUAAGAGCUUGGUACAGACAGACGGAGGUGACUGGAUCUCACGUUCCAAGUGCACUCCCACCCUCGAGUGGCUCGUCGGCUCGUGCACCUUCAACGGUACAAUCAUGACGGCCUGUUAUGAAAGGUCAGGAAUAAAUAUGUCCUCGUUGGAUACCGCUGCUCUAGACUCCCUAGGGCUAUACAUGACGGCCAUCCCUUGGUACAUCUUCAAUAGUAAGAUGGGCAUUGUCGACGAUACUCUCGACGCUCUAUAUACGAUCCCCACUGCCAGAGAUCUGGGCCACUUCUUCGGGAACAUGGCCCACGCCAUCGCCUCCAUCAGCACAGCAGGCUAUUUUGGCACAUCAGAGGUCCCCACUCUUUCCAGCAUCAUCAAGUCAGUCUACAUCGUCAGGUGCAGUGUUUUGAUCGCCGUUACCGUUAUGCUUUUCCUGUCUGUCGCAGUGUCCAUAAUUGACAUUGUACGCAACCGAAUCAAACAUCUUCCGCAAUUGCCUAGUGACUUUGCGGCGAUUGCCCAUGCUGUACGUGGGCCUUGGUGGGAUUACGAGCUUGUGGGUUAUCGGCCAUGGGAUACUACAAAAUCGCGAAGCGCGGGUGCUUCUACGGUCAUGUUCGGUGUUGACACUGAGGAUCCACGGUAUAUCAGAUUGGCACCAACUGUCGCACCAAUUCGGCAAUGA